AACCCGGCGGAGUGAAGUUUGCGAGCAGAAAACUCACGCGGAAGGAGCGUAUCCGUUACUAAAGGGGAGAUUCGGGGGGCGAGAGAUGCGUGCGAGGUGCGUGAAGAAUCGAUUGGGUCCAAGCAGCUUCGGACUCGGAGGGAUAGAAUUUGCAGCAUGGAUUUGGAUCGGAUGUGCUCUUUUUAACAUUGUCCUCUCCCAGGAGAAUUUUUAUACCCACGGAAGAUAUGGGAAACGCGAAGAGCACCAACAAUCGUCCCUCUUCUGGUCGGGCAGCAGGUACGGGCGCAGUGGCGCCACCGGCGAGAGGAACGCGAAGUCGAUCUCGAAGGCUGUGGAGGUAGCCCCUCGAGUGGAUCGUUUUUUCUUCGGGAGCCGAUAUGGAAAGAGGACGUUGCCUGCGAUCUCUUUUCGAACCUCGACUCCCUUGACGCGUCUCGGCGCUGCGUUGAACUAUUUGAAUCAAGCGCGCCGCGCCGAGCGCGCCAGGCACAAUGACGGCGAAUUCCCGAACCACGACGACCGCACGAGACGAAUGGAACAUUUGCGCCGGGAAUUGAUCAAUCGGCAGUGCUAACACGUAAAUCCUCGUGGGAUAACGGCGGGGGAAACGGAGAAGGUGGAGUUAGUUUGAAUUUCCCUUUCUUCAAGAAAGAACCGGGGAUUCCCCUUGGGCGACAUCUUUGAGAUCUACGAG